UCUGCAGUGAACGGGAUAACUCCCAUUACCGUCACAUUGCGCUGGAGAUUGACGUCUGCUUUUUCCGCCAUUGAAGUUCGUCCGAAGAAUGGUUGAGACUAUCAUCGUGCAUGGCUAAACUUUCAACUUAUUCUACCGCGAACAACCACAAUAUUGGUGCCAACCACCGACAUCAUGUCGCCAAAAUUGACUGCAAAACAUCUGAAAAUAUGUACAUUUUUGUUGAUGUCAAAUUUGUGUUACGUUUGCACGUAAAUGGUUGGAGAUGACCGGGAAAUCACCAUGUAUUUCGUCGGGAAAAAUGAACUAAACAAAAUGUCAAGACCGCUUCCAAACUCGGCUCCCAUUUUCGUCAGCUUGUGAGGGGAUAGAAACCGACAGCUCGGAAGGGGAAUAUAACCUCAACAUGUCUCUUUUACGCCAUAGAUUAUCGUUUGUUUGAAGAUCGGCUAAUAUAUAUUUUUGUAUUGUAAUGUAAAAACAAAGCAAAAAAAUCCACAAAAAAUCUAUAUAUUGGAAUUGAAUGUUGUUAGUGUAUGACAUGCAGAUGACAUCCGUAGAUAUCAGCUAGGUUAGGGUAAUGAUACGACAGUAGAACUGUACGACAAUAGAAAUGGGAGACCCUUACACGAGGAGAAGCGCGGCUGUAAGCCGCUUGAGGCAUCAGUUACGCAAGAAAAGAGAAUCCCUAGCCGACCACUUCGAGUUCAAAAUGUACAUAGCCUUCCACUUCAAAGACAAGAAGAAAAGCAGUGCCGUAUUUGAAGUGACAGAAGUUGUACCGGUGAUGACUAAUAACUAUGAAGAGACUAUUCUUAGAGGAGUAAAGGAGGAAGCAUAUUCCUUAGAGAGCAGUAAGGAGUUACUAGAGAAGGAUGUUGUUCAGCUACAUGCUGCUAGAUGGCAGUCCUUAAGAAAGGACGUUUUGGGGUGCACUACGGAAAUAGAUUUCUUUCUUUGGCCCCGAAAUGACAUUGACAAGAUAGAAUGCCACCUGUUUUCCCGGUGGAAAGGAGAUUCCGAUGCUUUUAAGCCUAUUCAGGCAGUAUUUGAGUUCAACCACGUAGACUAUGAGAAGCAGUUGAUACGUUUGUUGACUCGCCGUCAGAAGUCUGGUCUGAUCAUCAACAAUGCCUCCCAGUCCAUGUUCCUCUUUAUAGACAAACACCACCUCCAGACCAGUAAAAACAAAGUGAUAGUGUUCAAGCUGUCAAGCCUCUGCCUGUACCUGCCUCAGGAUCAGCUGACGUGCUGGGGUACAGGCACUGCCGAGGACAUUGUACGCCCUUUCCUGUCCUAGAGAGAGAGAGAGGAGACGUUCCCAGGUGGACAGUGAUAUCUCUGUCUAGCCAAUCACAGGACCACGUCACUCUCAACACUACAAUACUCUCCACACCAUGUGACUGCAGUGUGCAGUUGAGGUGGAAACACAGCCAUAGUUCAAGCUUAUUAGAUCUAUACACGGACUCAGCAAGUGCUAUACAUCUGAUGUUUUGUGUUAAUCGCACGCAAGGCUGUUUCAGUCCAGCAAAACCGCAUGCGGCGUUUUUUUUUUUUUUUUUCUAGGACAAAUUCAAUUGUGUUGACUGUCGCAUUGUGAUGAUAAUAGCCAUUUUGAACAUUUGCUUUUAUUAUCCCAUUCUGUAUCCAGGGUUAAGCCACAUUGCACAGAAUUUGCAAGCUGAAGUUCAUACUUGUAAAUGUCUUGCUUCUGCUGUUUGUGUAUAAAUACCUAUUUAUACGAGAGUUAGCAUUGAAAUAGUGGCACAAAGUAUAUACAGACCCCCCAUUACCAUUUUCUUAGUUUUAAUGUUUGUCUGGCCAGUAAUUCACUUAUCAUCCCUUUCCGUGCUAGCUCAAAACUUCCUUAUGCAGUGUUCCCAAAGUGUGAUUUGUCAUCUGGACCAGUCAAAUUAGACUAGUAGAGUUCGAAUAUAGGAUAGGCUGUGCUUCAUUAGCCACGCUCUUUAUGAUAAAAUGGUGUUUGUCCUGCUUUCCAAUAGCUUCCAACAAAUCGCACCUUGUGAAUGGGGCAAAAGGUAACCUAGCAAACUACGUGCAGAAGAGGUCAUGUGGUCAAGACAGCAGGAUUUGUGAAUUUUGUCCUGGUUUACCACAGGCUUCGAACUCGUGUAGUCCACGCCUGGCUUUCAUCCCGUGGUUUGCGUAUCAUAUAUCCUACUGUUCACCUCUAUCCAUCAUCCCACCUUCUCCCCCACCACCCUUCAUCCCAUCUUCAUCCCACCUUCAAAACACCUGCAUUCUCUCCUCCCCUACUCCCUGCUAAGCCCAAAAGAGGUAAAUCCGUACACCGGUUGUCUUUAACGGAUAUGAUGCUUUAGAAUUGCAUUCAGUGCUAGUAGUGACAAGGCUAACCAGAAACCUCUAUCAUCCUUUGUCAUUAGCCUGCAAUUCGUCUUUUAUACUGAUAAGGGCUGUGAGUUGCAUAUAUACACGAAGACACUGCAACACAUUCAUACAGUUGCCAAAGCUGUAUUAAGCAGCCGAGCAGACUUACGACCUUUUUUUUUUUUUUUUUUUGGCGGGGGCGAAAUUUAGAUUACUCAUUACCUCUGUAGUUUUGGUUCUGUGCAUGUGUUAUCAUCAUAUAGGUGAUAUGUGCAUCUUAUAGGUUAUUACAUAUAACAUACAAGGUCAGAAUUCACUUCAUGCAUGGAUAAGAAACUGAAAGCAUUACAAUCCCAGCUUUCGAUAUAGCGCAUUUUGGGUUCUUCUAUACAAGAGAUUUGUUUUCGAUGGCAGUUAUUUUCUGAGAUUUUUGUGUUAAUAUAGAUUUGUAAACCUGUAGAAUGGACGUGCUGAGUGAAUGAAUGAAGUUCAUUAUUUGGAUAUGAUUGUUAUCCAUGAUGAAUGAUUGUUCAUGGUUUGAACACAAACGGAAACUUGAAUAUUGCACAAAAUGCAAUCAGGAUGUGCAAGCCAAAUUGUGAAUAGGCUAUCCCUAUUUUUAGACACACUGUCACUAUCUGUGGAUACAAGUCAAGUCAGAAGUUCACUGUCAGGUGAAAAUCUGCAAACAUGGGUUUCAUUGUGACUGUUUCACUUACUUCACUGAGGAAUGGCAUGCUUGAGUUCACUUAGGGAUGGCAUGCGUGCAUCAUUUUUUUGCCAAUAGUCAAGUAGGACAAAAACAUCAGUGUAUGUUUAGUUUCUAGACUACAUCAUUCCACAUCCUGUUUCAGUGCACACAUCUGUAUAAUUUGACAAAAAAUACAUGUACCCUUAAGUUGGGUUGUCUGUCUCCAGUAUUCUAGCAGUUGAAACAUUAUCACCACAUUUACUACAGUGACAAAAUUGCUCUGCGAACUUUACUGUGAAGAAAACAGGUACAGGUGCAGUGCAUCUGUUCAGCUGAUUGGGUAUCUGAUAAAACUUUGGUUAUCCUAUACCUCCAUUCAGUGGAAAAGAAAAUUAUGUAUUGUAAGAAAGUGAAAGUUCUACCAGGAUUUGCUCGUGUUAAUAUCUCUGAAACAAGGUUAUGUACUGUCAUUAUCUGCCCUUGGCCUACUUCAAGCUUUUAGAAGCCCUUUUAUGAGCCUGUGAGAUAAGGCGUACUGGUUACUGUUUUUGCAGCUUUGCGACGAUUUUUUUUUCGUUUCAAAGUGAGCUCGUUCCUGAACUAUUGUAUAUUUUUUUCUCUAUAUCCAGUCACUUGGCAUUUAUUCUGAUUUGAAAUAAAAUUAGUAAAUAAAAAAUAAGAGCCAAUCUAAAGCCUGUAAAAUCGAGGGUGUCAGUUUAUUUUUCAUUUUUAGAUGAAAUGGUUAAGCCGUAAUCAUUCAUUCAUUCAUUCAUAUGAAAGGGUACUAGUUCAGAGCAUUAGAUUUAGCAUUAUACAACUCUCUCUGAAGUUUUUGAUUAAAUAGCUGGCCGGAAUCAGUUUACUGCUUUACAUGUAACAGGCCUGUUAGUCAUUUUUUUUUCUCAGUUGGCAGUGACCCCAUUUAGCCAUAGACUUGAUAGUCAUGGUUUUCUCAUUUGGCAGUGACCCCAUUUAGCCAUAGACUUGAUAGUCAUGCUUUUCUCAUUUGGCAGUGACCCCAUUUAGCCAUAGAUUUGUUAGUCAUGGUUUUCUCAUUUGGCAGUGACCCCAUUUAGCCAUAGACUUGUUAGUCAUGGUCUUCUCAUUUGGCAGUGAGCCCAUUUAGCCAUGGACUUGUUAGUCAUGGUUUUCUCAUUUGGCAGUGACCCCAUUUAGCCAUAGACUUGUUAGUCAUGGUUUUCUCAUUUGGCAGUGACUCCAUUUAGCCAUAGAUACUAAAGUGUCUUCAGUCCCCUUCCCUGAAGAAACCCCUGGCUGAUAAAGUCUGCAUGUGUGAUGCAAUUAUCCUCACAGUUACAGGGGAGUUUUCAAGUUUCUUGAAAAAGUUACUUUGUGAAAUCUGGAUAUUUGUGGUCUGUUUUUAUGCAGGAGCCAGACAAACCAUGCCGUUUAGAAAUGGUAAAAUGGAGACAGCAGCAUGCCUGGUUUCCUAGUUGGGACACAAGCUGAAAUGUUUCACAUGUUGCUUGGGACUUGUUUAAAAGGAACUUUUUGGCAUGCCCUAAAUGACCAAAAGUUUCAUUCAUGACUAAGUUGCUUAUUUUUCGAGAUUCUAGGGAGUUCUAUUGAUUUUACGGAAUGCUCUUUCCUGGUCGAAUUGUUAUUUGGGAUAAUGUAGAUUCAAUGUACUAGUUUGGUUCUUUGAGCAUUUUCAGUUAAACAUUUCAAGCCAUCAGAAUUUAUUAUCUAUAAUUGCACAUUAAAGUUCAUAAUAUCUGGCAUAAAAUUGUUGGACCCAGAUAUAACCCAAGUCAUUUGCUCAUAUAGCCUUCUCAAUAUCACAUUUAUUUGUUAUGUUUCCUUAAUAAUCAGAAUAAAACUUUCAGCAAGACGACAGCUUGUGUUCAACUUUUGUUUCUGAGUGUAAACAUCCCGUUUAAAGUAUUCAUUCUGUAGGAUAAGGCAGUGUUGUCGGAUGUUUUUUUGUGAAAGGUUAAAAUUUACUUUAAACACUUCGAUUUCAUACACUAGUAAACUUGAAUGCCAUCAUUUUCGCUGAGGGCAGUGUUGUCGGAUGUGUUUUUGUGAAAGGUUAAAAUUUACUUCAAACACUUCGGUUUCAUACACCAAUAAACUGGAAUGGCAUCAUUUUCGCUGAGGGCAGUGUUGUCGGAUGUGUUUUUGUGAAAGGUUAAAAUUUAC